CGUGUAUGCGUGGGACAGAGAGGCGCGAGAUAGAAGCCUCCUCUGGGUGGUAGGUGUUCUGUGGUCUUCCUAAAGUAGAUUAUACACCGAUUGGUAUCGCUUGAACGUACGUAAGUGACGCUGUGUAGAACAGAUCGAUUUCGGAACGACCAUAGAGUAAUCAACGUGUUGUUUAAAAGGAAAAAGAAAGCAAUACCACGUGUUCUGACCGAUCCGUGGGCGCCGGCAACACCUGCAUCGGUCGACUUCUGCGAUCAGCCUGGCAAGGCGUGUUUGCUAGGCGGCAACUGAAGUGCGCGUCGGUUGGUAGAGCAGUGAGUGCCUCCCGAUUAUUGUCAUCGUUUCAAGUGUGCCACUGCUUUAGUGUGCAACUCUCCGACGACGGCCGACACGGUGUAAUGCGAUUGCCCCAUUCACGAAUGCUUCUCUCGAACAGUGGCAACUUCGCAGCGCCGCGCCCUCAGGCGAUGCUGGAGACCCGGCGACACUCGACAUCGGGCGGCGGAAUGGUGGCGCCAGCGCUGCGACGCUCCACGUCCUCGGUGGCCGCGCCUCCACUCGUGCUCAGGACGACGUCGCCCAAGCCGCCUGCCAGCCGCAUGGUCCCCACCAGCAACAUGGUGAACGCGGUGGGUGCGCUGGUGGGCGUGGCCACGACCCAUCGUAAGCUGGACCGCAGCUACAGCGAGCCCGUGGACCGCAGCAGGCCGUCGCUGGCCGGCGGCCCGCCGACGUCUCCGACGACUCCGACGAGCCCGCCGUCGUCGGUGGCGCAGAACUCUAGCCGUUACAAGACCGAGCUGUGCCGGCCUUUCGAGGAGAGCGGCACCUGCAAGUACGGCGACAAGUGCCAGUUCGCGCACGGCGGUCACGAGCUGCGCACGUUGGCCAGGCACCCGAAGUACAAGACCGAGCUGUGCCGCACCUUCCACACGGCGGGCUUCUGCCCGUACGGGCCGCGCUGCCACUUCAUACACAACUCGGACGAGUCGCGCAAGAGCCUGCUCACCAACAUCAACCCGCCGCGGCCCAAGGCGCUCUCCGUGGGCAGCUUCGGCAGCCUCGGCUCGGCGGGCGACCUGUCGCCGCCCUCGAGCCCCCUGUACGACGACGCCUUCUACGCCGCCGCCCCCUCGACGGCCUUCUCGUUCUCGCAGGACUUGGCCACGCUCGUCACUUCCCCUGGAUUCGGCUCCUCCUCGCAGGUGUUCUCGGCGCUGUCGCUGCCCGAGAGCGCCUUCCAGUUUCCGGCUGCUGCUGCUCAGAACCGCGAGGGACCGCCGUCGCCCGUCGACUCGCUCGGCUCCGACUCGAUGAGCGUCUCGGCGGCGUGCAGCUCGCCGCUCACCAGGCUGCCCAUCUUCAACAGGCUGGCCGGCCGCGACUAAGCCCCGCCCACCCCCAGGUCCCUGCCUGCCCACCAUUGACGCGUGCGCAGUCAAAUCGAGCCUGAACUGCAUCUGCCAACUAACCCGAUGUGAUUCCACACAUUUGUCUACCUUUUUUUAAUUGAGAGCCGCGAGUAUUUCCCAGAAAAAAGCAUUAUCAUAAUCACAUCGAGGACGUCACUUAUUUAUUACUUGUGCUCAUUCAUGUGCAGUUCGGCUCAGAUUGUGUUCCCCAGCAGGCCUGACGAAGCGAAAGCAUUUUAGUCAUUGACUCAGUUUGUAGGCAAGAACACGCACGCUGUGUUUUUUACUCAAAAGCAAGACGAAACAAAUGUGCUGGUGGAACACUGGCUUUCUUCACGUUUGGGCAUUUCGGUCUGGCAGCGUGGACCUGGGGCUGCCAUUUUCUGUGGCGUGUGCGAAUACUUUUAUUGUUACAAAUAUUUAAUGGCACACCGCUCAAGUCCUGAGGACCAAGCCUUCUGAAAAGAGAGAGAGAGAAGGAGCAGCAACAAAUGGCGCUUCUCCAUAGUCCAAUACACGUUUGCCAUAAUACCCAGCCUCUUUGUGCAGAAAUCAUGCUUUCUCAAGCACUGUCAAGGCAGUGCCAGAAUAUUUUUGUUACAUUAUAUGAGCUGUGUAUACAGCCUGGUUUUAACGUUUAUUAUGAAAAGGAAGCUCUUUAGCUUUUAUGUUUUGGCUGAGCGUCACCAUUGUGCCUUCUCGUGUAUGGGUAAAGACAGGCUCUUAUUUGUGCGCUACUUUUUUUCAGGUUUUACAAACUAUUCAGUGUGCUUGUGAUGUUCUCUUUGCUUUUUCCAUGCCUUCCUGUAUCUGUCGUAUUUAUUUGAUUUAAUUAUAAUAUUAUAAUAAUUAUAUUAUUAUUCAUUGUACUAUUUCAUCGUUCUGUCAAGUUGUUAAGAGCAAAAUGUGUUUGCAGUCCACGAGGAUGUCUGGUUCUUCUUAGCCUUUUUUUUUUUUUUUUGCACUGAAACUUGCAGUUCUUUUAAGAUGUUAUGUUGUCUCCCUUGGCUUCACUCAAGUAAGCUGCUUGCAUUGGAUGUCAGGUUAUGAAUAAGUCCCAGACUUUGUAAAUAGGCUUUGAGGAGAAAAUUGACCGGUUCUGGUACCAGGCAAGGGAUAUUUAGCUCUGUGAGCUCCUUCUUAUUUAUUACUUGUUUUCUGGGAACUGAUAAGCCUUGAGUACCUUUCUUGCGAUCUGUCGAGGGCGGGCUGCUGACUCGGCUCGUUUCUCUCGCCGCAAAUGCCAUAGACCAAGUUCUUUUUUUUUUUUUACAUAAAGUUUAGUUGGUGCUUGCAUGUUUGACUCCUCAUUGAAGCUGCUGUUAUGCUCUUGUUUACAUUUCUUGCUGUACUUCUGUAUUUAAUGAGAAUUUAAUUUAUUUAUUGACAUUGAGGCCUUUUUUGGCUGCUUUCAUUUCCAGCCUAGGUUUCUGGCCCUCCCAAGAGAGGAAUCAGUUUGUUCACUUUGUUGUGCUGACAGGCACCACUUGUAAACUUUUAUUAACACAGAAGCAAUGUGUUGAAGGCUGCAGAUUCUAUGCUUUUUUUCUAAAUUAUGCUGGUUUUCUUUAUUUGUGCAUAGAAGGAUUCUGAUAUUUAAAGGCUUCAGCUAUCAGCUUUACUGUUCAGCUAUGUGUUCUUCACAAUUGCUGAUGACUGAUUUGCAAUCAACUUUAUUGGCAUCAAUGUGGGGGUUGGCAAGCUAAAUGCAGUCUUCUACUAAUGCAUGUUGUCAUUCAUACAUUUCUUGUCCCUUUUGAGAUCAUCUCGUUAUUUAAGACUCGCAUCGUAGGCUGUCAAAGGGAUUACAUUGUUCAAAGUAGUGACACAAACCGAUGAAGUACACACACUACAAGAUCUCAGCUGUGGUAAAAACGGCUGGCGUGCUUUUGUUGCCAGCCUUAUAGCAGCCACGGUGACGAAAGAGUCACUGGAUCACCGCGGUUUUUCUACUGCCUUAAGCAUUUUUGUUGAAAGCAUGUCAGAGCAGUUAUGUCUUAGCCCCUCAGGUCAGAUGUUGUUGUCUGAGCUGACUACUAUUUAAGAAAUUGCAAGAAUGAUGGGUGAGAAUAAUAACUUAUUUAUACAAUGUCUCGUUGAACCUAGUUGCACGCAAUCGAGGACGUGCCAGUCAUAUUCCUGUUGCUUCAAACCAGCGAUCCUUGUGAUUAUUUUCCGCGGUGCCUUCUAACCAGGGAUUCCUGCAACCUCCUUUAACCAGGAUUCAUAACAGCUUGAAUAGGGCUUGUUAGUUUAAAGCAGAGCAUGAAAUGAGGCAAUGACAACAGAAUCACCGAAAAAACCCACUGUCUGCCAUCUGAAAGUUUCUUCAAAGAAAACGAGUCUUUGAUGCCGCCUAGGAGUAGACACCCACACGAUCACUAAGCAAUGACUAAAGUUUUUUAGGUGAGCUGUGUGUUCAAAACGAACACGACAGCUGUGUCAAUGAUCCUUCUGUUAUCAGAGAGGAAGAUUAACUUUCCAAACGAAGAAUUGCAACUUCUAUUUGAGAUUGUGGAUAAUGUAGAUGUGUCUACUCUGAAACUAGAUAAAGCAUACAGACUGUGGUUCCUUGGGAGACCCUGUUGCCGUCAUUUCACUAGAGUGACUUCUAUGACGCAGGGAAAUGUCCAAAAUGUAACCGUUUAAGGUAGACAUAAUACAAAUCCUUGCGUGGUGUCGUUGAAGCAGCCAGGGAGCCACAUGCUCGGCUUGCAGUGCCAUUCCAAACUACAACAGGGGGUGGGGGAUCUCAUGUUUUCGUAGAGUCCAGUAACGAGACGUUGUGAUAGAUGCUGCUGCCACAUCGAAUGGCAGACAAUUGCUGUGGAGUGCAGUACGUUCGCUGGAAAAGUAAGAGUAAUGUGACGUCUUUGAAAUAGUGUGAUGCUUGUCACCGCCCCGUCAUAGCGACAAGACCGCUUCGUCUUUGCCUCAAGUGCCUUUCUCGAGGUUUGUUUUCUUAUUUUUAUUUGUGGACCAGACGGGAGGUGUGUAGCAGAGCUGACCGCCAUUUUAUAUCUCUGUGUGGCGCACCGACGAGUAGUAUUAGCACUCGAGGACCAAUUGUGCCGAGCAUUCCUGUGUGCACACACGUCUGUUCCAUACGCCUGUUUUCCAAGUGGCCUUAACAGCAUUUGCAGUAUGAGUAAUAUAGACUGCAUAUAUACACAUAGAUAUAUAUAUUUUUUGUACAAUAGCGAUACGAGAACAGAAAUUCUAUAUUGAUAGCUACCGCCCCUCCUUCUUUUUCCUGUUAUGUGUGCACAUUUGCUGUUUGUCUUACAACAGUACGAAUAAUUAAAAAAAAAUGAGACCAACAAAAAAAAUCGAGACUUUGUAUUACAAAGAGGUUUGUCUUACUUAUGUGUGUGUGCUCAUGUGUGUCAAGAGAUAGAUUUUGAGAGCAAAAAAUACAAGAUGUUUAAGUUAUUAAA